AUGUCUACUGCUGAGCUCGCUUCGUCCUACGCGGCCUUGAUCCUCGCCGAUGACGGCGUCGAUAUCACCGCCGACAAGCUCCAGGCCCUCAUCAAGGCCGCUGGCAUCCAGGAUGUCGAGCCCAUCUGGACCUCCAUCUUCGCCAAGGCCCUGGAAGGCAAGGACAUCAAGGACCUGCUCGUAAACGUCGGCUCUGGAGGCGGCGCUGCUGCCCCCGCUGCCGGUGGUGCCGCCGCCGCCGCUGGUGGUGAUGCCGCUGCCCCUGAGGAGGAGAAGGUCGAGGAGAAGGAAGAGUCCGACGAGGACAUGGGUUUCGGUCUUUUCGACUAA